UAAUUCCCUCUUCGUUCCUAUUUAAAAAGCUGGCCAUUCAAAGUCUUCAACAUUUCCCACAAACCAAAAAGUAAAUCAAAUUUAAAACGAGAACCAGAUUCGCACCGAAGACGAAACUUUUCUGGUGAUACCUCUCUCCAUGGCGACGAAGCUAUUGGCGCUCACAUGCAUACGGAAAGAGAGAUUCAGUGAACGAUACCCUGUGGUGCGGAAACACCUAAUCAGAUCUCGCGGCGGCGGAUCACCGUCGGAGUCGGCGGUGCUAGAGAUCGAUGAGGAGGUGGUUUCCAGGGCGGUUUUCCGCGUAUUGGGGAUGACUUGCUCCGCUUGCGCUGGAUCCGUCGAGAAAGCAAUCAAGCGUCUCCCGGGGAUUCACGAAGCUGUCAUCGACGUUCUGAACAAUCGGGCGCAAAUCCUGUUUUACCCCAGCUCUGUCAAUGUGGAGACAGUUCGUGAAACAAUUGAAGACGCUGGAUUUGAAGCGUCACUGAUUGAAAAUGAGGCGAAUGAGAAAUCUAAGCAAGUUUGCCGAAUAAGAAUAAACGGUAUGACUUGUACCUCGUGUUCUUCAACCAUCGAAAGCGUUCUGCAAUCAGUUCAUGGCGUGCACAGAGCUCACGUUGCCUUAGCAAUCGAAGAAGCUGAAGUUCAUUAUGAUCCCAGGCUCCUGAGCUACGACAAGCUAAUUGAAGAGAUAGAGAAUGCUGGAUUCGAGGCCGUGCUUAUAAGUACAGGCGAGGACGUGAGCAAGAUCGAUUUGAAGAUUGAUGGUGAGUUUGCUGAUGAAUCAAUGGAGAUCAUUGAAAGAUCGCUUGAAGCGCUUCCCGGUGUUCAAAACGUUGAGAUCAACGGAGGAAGUGAUAAGGUAUCUGUAUUGUACAAACCCGAUGUGACGGGGCCAAGAGAGUUCAUUCGGGUGAUUGAGUCUACUGUCUUUGGUCACAGUGGUCACAUCAAGGCAACAGUGUUUUCCGAAGGAGGAGCAGGCAGAGAGUCUCAGAAGCAAGAGGAGAUCAAGCAGUACUAUAAGUCGUUUCUUUGGAGUUUGGUUUUUACUGUACCUGUGUUUUUGACGGCGAUGGUCUUCAUGUAUGUCCCUGGAAUCAAACAUUUGCUGAUGUUUAAGGUCAUCAAUAUGCUCACCAUUGGAGAAAUCAUUAGGUGGGUUUUGGCUACUCCUGUCCAGUUUAUCAUUGGUUGGAGAUUCUACGUUGGCUCUUACAAGGCUUUGCGCCGAGGAUCGGCUAACAUGGAUGUUUUGAUUGCUCUGGGAACAAACGCAGCCUAUUUCUAUUCCUUGUACACAGUGUUGAGAGCUGCAACCUCUCCUGAUUUCAAGGGAGUUGAUUUCUUUGAGACUAGCGCCAUGCUCAUUUCGUUUAUCAUACUAGGAAAGUAUUUGGAGAUUAUGGCUAAAGGCAAAACAUCUCAAGCGAUCGCAAAGCUUAUGAACUUGGCACCCGACACUGCGGUAUUGUUGACUUUGGACGAGGAAGGGAAUGUGAGUGGCGAGGAAGAGAUCGAUGGUCGAUUGAUACAGAAGAAUGACGUGAUCAAAAUCGUUCCAGGUGCUAAAGUAGCUUCAGAUGGUUAUGUCCUAUGGGGACAAAGUCAUGUGAAUGAAAGUAUGAUUACAGGAGAGGCAAGGCCAGUGGCGAAGAGAAAGGGUGAUACAGUAAUAGGAGGCACUUUGAACGAGAACGGAGUUCUGCAUGUUAAGGUUACAAGGGUUGGUUCAGAGAGUGCUCUUGCACAGAUUGUUCGUCUUGUUGAGUCCGCACAGCUGGCCAAAGCUCCGGUGCAGAAGUUGGCUGAUCGGAUUUCAAAGUUCUUUGUUCCUCUGGUCAUUUUCCUCUCGUUCUCGACUUGGCUUGCCUGGUUCUUAGCUGGAAAACUGCACUGGUACCCUGAAUCCUGGAUUCCUUCGUCAAUGGAUAGCUUCGAGCUAGCUCUUCAGUUCGGAAUCUCCGUCAUGGUCAUAGCUUGUCCAUGUGCUCUUGGACUGGCUACUCCAACCGCUGUUAUGGUUGGUACUGGGGUUGGUGCAUCCCAAGGUGUGCUGAUAAAAGGUGGUCAAGCUCUAGAAAGAGCACACAAGGUAAAUUGCAUUGUAUUUGACAAGACAGGAACUCUCACAAUGGGGAAACCUGUGGUUGUUAAAACCAAACUCCUGAAAAACAUGGUUCUUGGAGAAUUCUAUGAACUUGUUGCUGCAACUGAGGUAAACAGUGAGCAUCCGUUAGCAAAGGCCAUUGUUGAGUACGCAAAGAAAUUCAGAGAUGACGAAGAGAACCCUGCGUGGCCUGAAGCACGUGACUUUGUGUCUAUCACAGGAAACGGAGUGAGAGCGACCGUUAAGGGAAGAGAGAUUAUGGUUGGAAACAAGAACCUUAUGUCUGAUCAUAGAGUCAACAUCCCAGCCGAUGCGGAGGAGUUGCUAGCAGAAGCUGAAGAGAUGGCCCAAACCGGGAUCCUCGUGUCUAUAAACAGUGAACUGAUCGGAGUUCUAGCUGUUUCGGAUCCUCUAAAACCGAGUGCUCGAGAAGCCAUCUCAAUUCUAAAAUCCAUGAACAUCAUAAGCAUCAUGGUUACUGGUGACAACUGGGGAACUGCGAAUUCCAUCGCUAGAGAAGUCGGUAUCGACUCUGUGAUCGCAGAAGCUAAACCGGAGCAGAAAGCAGAGAAAGUCAAGGAGCUACAGGCAUCGGGUCAUGUAGUGGCAAUGGUGGGCGACGGAAUCAACGACUCGCCGGCUCUGGUGGCGGCGGAUGUAGGAAUGGCGAUUGGUGCAGGAACCGACAUUGCCAUAGAAGCAGCUGAUAUAGUUCUGAUGAAGAGCAACUUAGAAGAUGUGAUCACAGCCAUUGAUCUCUCGAGGAAAACCUUCUCGAGGAUCCGACUCAACUACGUUUGGGCUCUCGGGUAUAACCUCAUGGGCAUACCGAUCGCUGCCGGAGUGCUUUUUCCGUCUACUCGGUUCAGGUUGCCACCGUGGAUCGCAGGUGCGGCAAUGGCUGCUUCUUCUGUUAGUGUUGUGUGUUGCUCUCUCUUGUUGAAGAACUACAAGCGGCCUAGCAAGCUUGAUCAUUUAAAGGAGAUACGUGAGGUUCAGGUGGACCGGGCAUAGAGAACCGAACUUAACCGUGAAAAACCGAUUAAUUUGAUGAACCAAUAAACCGUAUCAUAGUUUCCCACAUGAUUUGUGUUUUUUUUUGUAUAAUAAGAAAUUCACGUGAUUGUCGUAAUUAGGUUCGUUUGGAAAACCGGAUUUUCAAGGAUAAAGUUAGUUUCGGUUCGGUUUUGGUUUAGUUUGCUUUGUGUGUCGAGUUAUCUUAUAGAAAAAUCGAUUUCUUUGUUCAA